AUGUCUGAUCCAUGCGCAGCACUGAAACUGUUUCGGAAGAGAUUCGAGGACGCAGAAGCGCUCUUCGACAGCGGCGAUAUAGCUGGCUGCAUAUUGGCAGCUCAGUACAACAUAACCGACACAACUCUUCCGCCGUACUACAUUAUAAGAAACUGUAUACUUCUCACGAGCGCUAUGGAUAACUGGGACGAUGGCAAUGACUGGAGGCUCGCCGCAGAGAGCUGUCACAGUAACACGGUACGGCGAGCAACGGAAAUGAACGAUACCAAUUCGCUCGCCGCCCUACAAGAUCUCCGUGAGGAGCUUGACUGGUUGGCUGAGCAGCGAGACCAAUAUCUCCAGGAAUACAGGGCAUGGAUGCUUGAGCAAGACGGAGAGGACGACAACGACGAGACGGACUCAGAAGCAGAUGGAGUUGAGCUAGACGACAGCGAGGAUGAGGCGGAUAUGGAAGCCGAGAGCGUUAGGUUAGGCGAGAGUAACGCGUUGAUGGGGGACACUCAACUUCUUCCGAUCCGCGUACACCAAGCUUCUACGGCAAGCCCCAUGGAACCGGUAAUCGAGACAGUCGCUAUGGGUACUGUGCCAGUAGGAGAAGAUAAGAAAGAUAAAGAGGGCCGAGAAGAAGCCACUGGCGGCGACGAGGAAGGUGGAGAAGGGGAUACGGGAAAGAUGCCGGAAGGCGGAGAGCAAGCAAGCACUGGCGAUGAUGGCCAACUGCCCGGAACGGCGAGAGUUGAUCGAGAGGACGAGCGUUCUGCCGGUAUCGUAGCGGUCAGCUUCCUUUUCGAUUGCCAGUCGUACAUGCCCGAGCAUGUGCGAGCUCAGUUCGACCAGGCGAUCCUGACAUUUCAGGAACUUGAAGUUGAAAUGCGCAGCAUCGUCAGCACAGCUUCCGCAGCUACUACAAGUUCCACGACUGCAUCGCGCAUCAGCCUUUUCGAAGAGUUCAAAGUUACCAUGGUCGAAUGGUUCCAGUACAAGGAAAGAUCAUCCGUUACGGCUAAAGAAUUGGACAAUACUACGCUGGCCGAAUGGCAAGGAUUGAAUCCGAGAAUUCAAGCUACCUUUGCCCGACAGGACAUCCUCUCCUUCUGCCGAGAGCUCGACGGCAAAGAUGGUUUCAGAUACCACAAGGACGGUGUGCUCACUUACAAGCCCUGA